AUCCCGCUGUGCUUUCAUGCGCGGAGGCUAGUGAAUGAAUCAGCGGUUUAUUUACUACAUAUAUUGGGAAAAGUUCACGUGUUACCUACACUUCUCUCUCAGGAGAGAAAGUGCAGCGGAGAGCAGCCUUUGUUUUGGAUCGUGCAAGAAGGCAGAGGAGGAGAAUGUAGAGACGACGGCCAUAAUUACGGAGAAGCCAACCACACCCCAGCUACCCAGUCGAUUGUUUUGUGAAAGCUGUGGUCGUGCCAAGGUCACCAUACCGCGAAUUGUCGGAGGAACCGUAGCGUCAAUCCGCGAGUAUCCGUGGCUUGUCUUCCUGCACAUGCGCACUAGUGACGACUCGUUCACCUGCGGAGGAUCUCUCAUCACGAGAGACUACGUUCUGACGGCAGCUCAUUGCGUCUACGGACCGCUGGAUUCCAUUUACGUCUACCCAUUUGCCCACCAAUACCCAGACCUGGAGAGUAACGACGAGUAUAGGAUUGCGUCUGCUCAAGUUAUAGUCCACGAGAACUACGAUGAUCUCGAGAAACGAAACGACAUCGCUCUAGUGAAGCUGAAAGAGCCAGUGUCCUUCGGGAGAAACGUAUCUUCGGCGUGUCUGGCCAACGAUGACGACAUGCACACCUUAGCGGUCGUAGCAGGAUGGGGAAGGCUCACUCACGAUGACCCACUAGCCAUUCCAGAGCAGCUCAUGGAGGUAGCACUGGAAAUCAGCGACCAAGAAGACUGUAGGAGCAUUUACGAAGGGACAGUGGACAUCACUGAGAACAUGCUCUGCACACACACGCCUGGGAAGGAUGCCUGCGUGGGCGACAGCGGAGGUCCUCUGUUGAUUGAGGCUGGUCCUAAUAGCUGGGUUCAAAUUGGCGUGGUGAGCUUUGGUGCAGGCUGCGCUGGAGAUGCCCCCGGAGUCUAUACCCGGGUGUCCAAGUAUGUCGACUGGAUCAAGUCGCAUGUUCAGAAGCCCAACUGCUGAUUGGCUCGCUGGUAACCAUGGCAACGAAUGGAAAGACCACCAGGCAAAUCACUGGGAAGUUACCUGGAUUGCUAUGAAUCUGGACAUUGGAAUAUCUCUUAUGGCAACUUUUUAGAUUUGGAAUUUUAAAGUCAUUGGUAAAAGUCAAAGGCUAAUGUUUUCAAGCUUAGUGGAAUACUGAUUUCAGAAUUAAAAUUUGAGCAUCCCA